CUUGGCCAACAAAAUUGGAAUUGGAUAGCAGAAAUUGUCAAAAAACUUCAAAGAAAAAUAGAAAGAUAUAUAUUUCAAAAUAUCUAAGUAGUUAUCAAUUAGAACCAACCAAAAGUAGUGGCUGAGUUAUCCAACAGCAGGGAAGGCAUGGAUAAGUGGGCCCCAUAACUUCCUUUUCCUUUUAUUAAAUUAUGUGUAUAAAGUAUGCAGUUCUAUCGUCUGCUUAAUGAUGCCCACUUUAAUACACAAUUGAAAAGAAGGGUUGACUAUGGCUUCCAGUUCUCUAUUUUCACUGAACUUUGCUUCCAUCCCCUCCACAAGUUCCCCCACCAAACAUCCAUUUUGUUUUCAUUCUUACCUUCCCUCUAUUUCUUUUCAAUACAGCAACAAGAAGAGAGAAUUCCCAAUUCCUUCUGUAGCUUCAAUCCCAUACGAACCGAUAAAUGUAGACUACUUGGAGGAAGAAUUCAGUGGACAUGGAGUAACUUUCGAAGAUAUUGGCGACAGCUACAUUGCCAAGAUGAAAUUGGAGAAUGGGAGUGCAGCCACCCUGAUGCUUCCAAGUGGCCUGAUCACAUCAUACAAGGCACAUAUGUGGCAUGGUGGCACAGUUGAACUGCUGCAAACAACUGUCUCCAAGGGGGAAGAUGGUAAUCCUGUCAUACAAGGAGGGGUAUCCUUAGCCUUCAACUUUGGAAGUGAUUGUGAAACUUCAUGGUCUCCAAGCACUUGGGCUGUUCAUGCCAUUAGAGGUUCUCCUCAAGACUCUAUUCAGGUUGAACUGAUAAGCACAGAUGCAGAAGAUAUGGUUGAAAUAAGACACAUUAUGAAUCUGGAAGAAGACACCUUAAGCUCAAAGGUCACUGUUUCAAACUCAAAUUCUUCAUCGAUCCAGUUGAUGGGAUCCCUUAUAAGCCAUCUAACAGUAAGCACACCAGAAGCGACUUAUGCAUGUGGUUUAGAGGGAUCAAAUUUCUUUAACAGGCCUAUGUUCUUGUCAAAUUUGAGCAUAGUUCCUCCUGACCUUGGCCCAGAAAGCAGAGAUGGUUCUGGGAAACCAAGAGAUAUUGUGAGGCUCAAAGGAUCUGGCUGGGGUGCAAGAAAUCAAAAGAACUCUGAUAAAAGGAACAUCAGGCAAAUAGAGAGCGAAGAAGAAAUGGAGGGUGAAGAGUCUGAUAGCUACAAGCAUUUAACUGAGGAAAUGAGCAGGAUUUAUACCAAUGCUCCGCGGGAUUUCACAAUCAUUGACAGGGGUAGAAGAAACUCAGUUGUCAUAGCAAGGGAUGGGUUUGAAGAACUAUACAUGUUUAGUCCUGGCUCAAUCCAUGAAAGCUUUGGCAUGUACUCAUUCAUAUGUGUAGGACAAUCAGCAAUGCUUAAGCCAGUGAUUUUGCGUCCUGGAGACGUUUGGACAGGUGGGCAACAUUUACAUAAUCCUAAUCUCUGAAUAAUGAUGGAUUUCAAUAGUGAUUGAGAAUAGUGACUUGCUUGUUCGUAAUGAGAAGUAAUGUAACAUGAACCUGCUGAUACAGAAAUCUUAUUGUAUGGAAUGAAAAUUUUGCUGCUAAUGUGAUGACAAGAGAGCAGUAUUUCAA